AUGUUGUCGGUUCAAGAUAAGAAGAGUGAGGAAAUUCAGAUAUCUGAAGAAGAAAAUGAUAAACUUACAAUUAAACCUCUAGGUGCCGGACAAGAGGUUGGUAGAUCAUGUAUUGUUAUGGAAUUCAAAGGCAAAAAAAUUAUGCUUGAUUGUGGAAUUCAUCCAGGCCUCCAAGGUUUAGAUGCAUUGCCAUUUGUGGAUCUCAUUGAAGCAAACGAAAUUGAUUUACUUUUAAUCACUCAUUUUCAUUUGGACCAUAGUGGAGCAUUACCGUGGUUUUUACUCAAGACUAAAUUCAAAGGAAAAUGUUAUAUGACUCAUGCAACUAAAGCCAUAUAUAGAUGGUUACUGUCAGAUUACAUUAAAGUCAGUAACAUAGGUACUGAACAGAUGCUUUACACUGAGGCUGAUUUAGAAAAGAGUAUGGAUCGUAUAGAAACAAUAAAUUUCCACGAAGAAAAAGAUGUUGGUGGUAUUCGUUUUUGUGCUUAUAAUGCAGGCCAUGUGUUAGGAGCUGCAAUGUUUAUGAUCGAAAUUGCUGGUGUUAAAGUUUUGUAUACUGGAGACUUUUCAAGACAAGAAGACAGGCAUCUAAUGGCUGCUGAAAUACCACCUUCAAGGCCGGAAAUUCUUAUUACUGAAUCUACUUAUGGAACUCAUAUACAUGAAAAACGUGAAGAACGGGAACGACGGUUUACUAUGCUUGUCAAUGAUAUUGUCAAUCGAGGUGGAAGAUGUUUGAUUCCAGUUUUUGCGUUAGGACGAGCUCAAGAAUUAUUGUUAAUCUUAGAUGAAUAUUGGGGUCUUCACCCAGAACUUCAUGAUAUUCCUAUAUAUUAUGCAUCAUCGUUGGCUAAAAAAUGUAUGGCUGUGUACCAGACAUAUAUUAAUGCUAUGAAUGAUCGUAUAAAACGUCAAAUUGCUGUUAACAAUCCAUUUGUUUUUAAACAUAUUACGAACCUUAAAAGCAUUGAUCAUUUUGAAGAUAUUGGUCCUUGUGUUAUAAUGGCAUCACCAGGUGUCAUGGAAAGUGGUCUUUCUAGAGAGCUUUUUGAAAUGUGGUGUACAGAUAGUAAAAAUGGAGUUAUAAUUGCUGGUUACGUGGUACAAGGAACACUAGCUAAAGCUAUUUUAUCUGAACCUGAAGAUAUCACAACUAUGACUGGUCAGAAGUUACCAUUGAAAAUGUCUGUAGAUUAUAUAUCAUUUUCAGCACAUACAGAUUAUCAGCAAACACGAGAAUUUAUAAACAUUUUAAAACCACCCCAUAUUGUAUUGGUACACGGAGAACAAAAUGAAAUGCAAAGGUUGAAAUCUGCUUUGGUUAGAGAAUAUGAAGAAAACUCUGAAGAUAUUAAAGUGUAUAACCCUCGGAAUACAGUAGGAGUUGAUUUUUAUUUUACUGGGGAAAAAACUGCUAAAGUAAUGGGAGAAAUAGCUGUUGAGAAACCAGCAGAAGAUAAUAUUUUAAGUGGCGUUUUAUUAAAAAAAAAUUUUAGCUACCAUAUUUUUGCUUCUGAAGAUAUACCAAGAUAUUCGGAUAUGUUAUUAAGUGAAAUUCAACAAAAACAACUUCACAGAUUUACAUCAUCAUUUACGGUAUUACAAAAUAUGUUGUCACAUUUGACUGGCAGUGUACCUGAAAUAAUUAUUCCCAACAAAAAGUUAAGAGUAUUAAAUUCAGUAGAUGUCUCUGUGGAUAAAAACUUUGCUACCCUGGAAUGGACUACUACACCUGAAAAUGAUAUGUAUGCAGAUAUUGUUGUACAAGUUUUGAUGAAGAUUCAGUCAAUGAGUCACGGGGAUAUGAAAAAUGUGGCAUCGGUUCCAUUUACCGAGUAUGACCAUAUGCAUUUCAAGGAAUGUUUGAUUGAAAUCUUACAAGAAAUGUUUGGUGAGGAAUCUGUACCAAAAAUAUUUAAGGGUGAAAAAUUGUUUGUAGCUGUUGAUGGGAAAAAAGCUAAUAUUAAUUUAAAGAAUUUGGAAGUAACAUGCGAAGAUGAGGUUUUGCAACGUAUGGUACAAGCUGCCAUAUCUAGACUACAUAAUACUGUAACACCUUUAAAUAUCACAAAUAUGAAAUAA